UGCAUAAAAGGGCUUGGCGAGCCGCCUCGCUGAAUUUCAGUUGUUCCGUUUUCGGCUCCGUCCGUGCCGCUCCCGCUGGUGCUGCCAGGAUGUUCGAGGCACGACUGGUGCAGGGCUCGGUGCUCAAGCGAGUGCUGGAGGCCCUCAAGGACCUCAUCACCGAGGCCUGCUGGGACCUGGGCUCGGGCGGCAUCAGCCUGCAGAGCAUGGACUCCUCGCACGUCUCGCUGGUGCAGCUCACGCUGCGAUCGGAGGGCUUCGACACCUACCGCUGCGACCGCAACAUCGCCAUGGGCGUCAACCUGUCCAGCAUGUCCAAGAUCCUGAAGUGUGCAGGGAACGAGGACAUCAUCACCCUGCGGGCCGAGGACAACGCCGACACCCUGGCCCUGGUGUUCGAGGCUCCCAACCAGGAGAAGGUUUCUGAUUACGAGAUGAAGCUGAUGGAUCUCGACGUGGAGCAGCUGGGAAUCCCAGAGCAGGAGUACAGCUGCGUGGUGAAGAUGCCCUCGGCGGAGUUCGCGCGCAUCUGCCGGGACCUGAGCCACAUCGGCGACGCCGUCGUCAUCUCGUGCGCCAAGGACGGCGUCAAGUUCUCCGCCAACGGCGAGCUGGGCAACGGCAACAUCAAACUGUCCCAGACCAGCAACGUGGACAAGGAGGAGGAGGCCGUCACAAUAGAGAUGAACGAGCCCGUGCAGCUGACCUUCGCCCUGAGGUACCUGAACUUCUUCACCAAAGCCACCCCGCUGUCCCCCACGGUGACGCUCAGCAUGUCUGCAGAUGUUCCUCUGGUUGUGGAGUACAAGAUUGCUGACAUGGGACACCUCAAGUACUACCUGGCCCCCAAGAUCGAGGACCAGCAGGAUGGCUCUUAACUGGAGCGGGGCUGGGGACAUCUGCUCCUGCCUGGAGGAGCAACUCCGGAGCCUGGGGGCACCCUGGGAGCACUGUAGCCGUGUCUUGUAGAUAUAUUUGUAAAUAUUUUUCAACACUCUGUUUUGCUAUUCUGGUGUCAUUGGAAAGAGGAAAGCUGAGUUUUUCUAGUCUGUUCCUGUACUCCCAGCAAUCUCUUGGAUGCUGUUGAAGGUGAAAUUCCUUACUCCUUUCAGCUGCUGUCGGAGAAGAGAGGCAAUAUUUAAUGGGUCAAGAUGUAUCCUGGAGUUUCCCCUGUGGAGCUGUAGCUUAGGGCUGAUGUUUUGUUAUCCCACAAGUUUAUGUGACCUUACUUCAUUUAUUAUUGAAGCCGAUAUUCUGAUUGAAACUUGGAAAACGGAAAUAAAAAAUACAAUUUCCUGGA